AAGAGAUUGGUCCACCACCAUCACCACCACACCACCACCUCAAUUCAUCACCAGCCAUACCGCCCAAACCAGCAACCAAUCAAACACCGUACCCUCCCUCUCUCUCUCUCUCUCUCUCUCUCUCUCUCUCUCUCUCUCUCUCUAAGGUUCAGUGUACUAAUUGUAGUUUACAAAUAUACAAAGGAAGCUUGAUGCAGAAAUUUGAUUAUGCUUGAUACUAGGUUGGUAUAGAUUUGGCAAUGGCAGAAACAAAUUCAGUUGACGUGAUUUUGGACUUUUUGAGGAGAAACCGGUUCACACGAGCUGAGGCAGCUUUGCGAAGUGAGCUCAACAACUGUUCUGAUGUAAAUGGGAUCCUUCAAAAGCUUACCUUGGAUGAAAAGAACUUGUGUGAUUUGUCGCAGAAUGAUAAGGGGAAGCUAGUGGUAGAAAAUCGAGGGUUGGACUCUCGUGAUAGUGUUGAAGUUUCUAAAGAACUGAUUGUGAAGGAAAUCGAGUGUGGAACUGCUAGAAAUAAUACCGAGAGCAAAUGGAAAAAUGCCACUCCGGCUGAGGAAAGGAAUAAAUCUAAUGAAGUGGUUGGAACGAGUGGCACGAAUUUCACUUUCUUGAAGAGUUCAGAGGACAGUGUGUUCGAUUUGCACUCAUGGAAGAUUAAUGGUCCUGCAGAGCCUUGCCAAAAUGACGGUGCAAGCAAGGCUAGUAAUACUUCGAAGGCCUCAAUAUCCCAGCAAUCGAAAACUCAAAUGAGUGAAGCCUCAAUAUCUCAGCAAUUGAAAACUUCAAUGAGUGAAGCCGCAAUAUCACAGCAAUCGAAAGCUCAAACUAGUGAAGCCUUUGACGCAGCCAACAGUAAUGUAAAAACUGCGGAGGAAAAUAAUGUUCCCGAUGAGAAAAAACCCUUGUGGCUUGGAAGUAGUGGUAAAGCCUCUACAGAACCAAAGAUUAACCUUGUGCAAAACAAAGAAUCUAGGGAAAUUGAUCGGCAGCAGCUUAAAUUUAGUAGUUCGUCACUUAAAGAGAACUUGGCUGAUAACGUCUUGUCAAGAGCUGAUGAGAAUGCAAAUUCAUCUUCUGAUGUUUGGAAAGAUUGUUCCAUCAAGACUGUUUUCCCUUUUUCAAAGGGGGAUGUGUCUAUGAGCUAUAGUAGCUCAACUUAUUCAGAAAAAGUAGACGAAAAGAGAAAGCCAGAAAUUGGUGAUGCAAGGGCUUAUAUAAAAGAGCAGGUGGAUGAAGUGGGGAGAGCUUUUUACUUGGGGAAGUUGCAAGGAAGUUCUGAACAGAAUAACAUUGGGGGAUUAAGUUUUCCUCUUGCAUUGGAGAAGCAGAAGGAAGAGUAUCCAAGGCUUCCUCCUGUGAAAAUUAAGUCAGAAGAUAAGCCGUUGACUAUUAAUUGGAGCGAGAAGUUUGAAUCUGAUGGAUUGGCUGCUAAGCUGGCAAGUGCCGACAGCUCUUUACUUAUUGGAUCAUAUCUGGAUGUACCUAUUGGACAAGAAAUUAAAAAUGCAGGUAUGAGGAAGGCUACAGGGGGCAGUUGGCUGUCCGUUAGUCAAGGAAUAUCAGAGGAUACCUCUGAUCUUGUAUCAGGUUUUGCUACAGUUGGUGAUGGAUUGAGUGAAUCUGUUGAUUAUCCAAAUGAAUAUUGGGACUCUGAUGAAUAUGAUGACGACGACGAUGUUGGGUACAUGAGACAACCUAUUGAGGAUGAGGCCUGGUUUUUGGCGCACGAAAUCGAUUACCCUAGUGACAAUGAAAAGGGGACUGGGCAUGGAAGCGUUCCAGAUCCACAGGAAAGAGGUCCUGCCAAAGAGGAGGAUGACGAUCAAUCUUUCGCGGAAGAGGAUUCUUAUUUCUCUGGAGAGCAAUAUCUUCAAGCAAAGAAUGUUGAGCCAGUCAUAGGGUCAGAUGAUCCUAUCGGUAUAACGGUUACUAAUAUGUAUGGAAGGGCUAAUGGUAAUGAUUUAAUGGCUCAAUACGAUGGAGAAUUGAUGGAUGUAGAGGAACUGAAUCUGAUGCACGCGGAGCCUGUCUGGCAGGGCUUUGUCCCUCAGACAAACGACCUGAUCAUGUUGGGAGAUGGAAAAGUUCUGAAUCAUAGUGGAAGAUCACGACUCGAGGAAAUGGAAGAUGAUCAACACGGUUCAGUUAGGUCAAUUGGGGUGGGUUUCAACAGUGAUGCUGCCGAUAUCGGCAGUGAAGUGCAUGGAAGUUUUAUUGGUGGUAGCAGUGAAGGGGAUUUAGAAUAUUUCCGUGAUCGUGAUAGUGGACUUGGGGGAUCUAAACACACUCAUCAUGAUUUCGGAAAGAAUUCUAUGGACAAAUCAUUUAAAAAUAAGAAGAAAAAUGACGAGAUUGAGUCGAAUAAAUAUGUCAUUGGAGGUCAUAAAGAUGCACACUCACAAAUAAAAACACAUACUGAAGGCAACUUUUCAUUUCCUCAAUCUCUUAAAGAUAGCCAGAUGAUUCAGGGUGGUGGUUCCAGUAAGUCGCCAUGGUUAAAUAAUUGUAAUGCGGAUGAAACCGAUGACUGUAUGAAUGCUUUUGAGGGAUCGGAUGAAAUGCUUUCUUCGUGGAGGCAGAAGAGUAGUGAUUCUUCACCCGAGAAAAGUUCUAGGGAUGAGAAUAAUGCUCAUGCGGUCAGAUCUUCGAACUCUUCUCCAACUACUGUCGAUAAUUACGGGUACGCUGAUAAAGAGCAUGUCAAGCUAGAAAAGGAUGAUGAAGAAGUUGACAUUACAAGGGAAGAUGAUUUAGGUGUUUCACAAGAGGAUGAAGAGAUUGCUGCUGUGCAAGAGCAGGUAAGGCAAAUAAAGGCUCAGGAGGAGGAAUUUGAAACCUUCAAUCUAAAGAUUGUGCACAGGAAAAACAGAACUGGCUUUGAAGAGGACAAGAAUUUCCAUGUUGUUUUAAAUUCUGUAAUAGCUGGUCGCUAUCAUGUCACCGAGUAUCUGGGAUCUGCUGCAUUUAGUAAAGCUAUACAGGCUCAUGACCUGCACACAGGCGUGGAUGUUUGUAUUAAAAUUAUAAAGAACAACAAGGAUUUCUUUGAUCAAAGCCUUGAUGAGAUCAAACUCCUCAAGUAUGUCAAUAAGCAUGAUCCUGGAGACAAGUAUCACAUUUUGCGGUUAUAUGAUUAUUUCUAUUAUAGAGAACAUUUGUUAAUAGUAUGUGAGCUACUCAAAGCCAACUUAUACGAGUUUCAUAAAUUCAACAGAGAAUCAGGAGGGGAAGUGUACUUCACAAUGCCAAGGUUGCAGUCAAUUACCAUUCAAUGUUUGGAAGCACUUCAGUAUUUACAUAACCUUGGACUAAUACAUUGUGACUUGAAGCCGGAGAAUAUUUUGGUUAAAAGCUACAGCCGAUGUGAGGUGAAGGUCAUUGAUCUUGGAAGUAGUUGUUUUGAGACAGAUCACCUUUGCUCAUAUGUUCAGUCUAGGUCCUAUCGUGCUCCCGAGGUUAUUCUCGGGCUUUCAUACGACAAGAAGAUUGAUAUCUGGUCCCUUGGAUGCAUCUUGGCAGAACUUUGUACUGGCAAUGUCUUAUUUCAAAAUGAUUCCCCGGCAACAUUACUUGCUAGGGUAAUCGGGAUCAUCGGUCCAAUUGGUCAAAGUAUGCUAGCAAAAGGACGGGAUACCUAUAAGUACUUCACAAAAAAUCAUAUGCUUUAUGAGAGGAAUCAGGAAAGCAACAGGUUAGAAUACCUGAUUCCAAAGAAGACAUCUUUGAGGCAUAGAUUACCGAUGGGGGACCAAGGCUUCAUUGACUUUGUUGAUCAUUUGCUCGAGGUUAACCCGAAGAAGCGACCUUCUGCAUCUGAAGCUCUAAAGCACCCCUGGUUAUCAUACCCUUACGAACCGAUAUCAUCUUGAAGUAUUCUUCGGUUUUUUCACACUUGGUGAUGAUGUCAAUAUUACCCUAAGUUGAUUAGGUUAAUCAUUGAAAGGGAAAGGCACUACCUUUGCAUCCAUGAUGCUUUUCAUUAUCAAAAUUUUAAAGAUGAUAUGGAAAGAGUUGUGCACUUUCACAUUCCUGCAUAAUGAAUUGAGAAGUUUUUAUUUUGUGGGUCAUUCUUGUCUUUUCCCUUCCCUCGGCAAAUUGUUAACCAUGGUCAAGGAUGUAAUUUAGAACAACAAUAUAUGAUGUAAUGUUAGGCUUUUGGUUUCUUUGUUUUGGUUUGUGAUGGAAAGGGAAGUACUUGGAAUCUUUGGUUGUACAUGAUGUGGGAUAAUUCUUUUAGCCUAUUUAUUAGUGUUUUUCAUGGAGUUGAUAUGGAAAUGGAUUCCCAAUCUAGUCUGUCUGAUUUAAAUCUAUGGUUGAGAUGGUUGAAAACCGAAUUAGUGUAUCUGUAAUCUGAACCAUCCGAUAACAAAGGGCCGAGAUUAACAACUGCAUGAAAGUUGAAACUAUGGACUUUUAUUAAUGCACGGAAUCCAGGUCCUGUUGAUACUACUACUGUUGGAAGCAAAGUAUUAGCAAAUGUAAGACUCAAUUAACAUGUCAUUUGAUGAUAUUUGAAAUGCAAAUUUUCCUUGUUUUUCUUUGGUUAGAAGUAACCAAAAUGCA